GUAUAUUGCACUGAUAAUAGUGAACUUAGAAUUGUGAAAAUGAGUGACUGGCUCAAAACAAAGGAAACCAUGCAUGAGUUCACAGCACUCUACACAUCUGCUCAUAUUGGACAAGUUGAGCAUUAUCACUGUACUCUCAUGAACAAGGCAAAAACUAUGUGA